UUCGUUAGUUCUUGUCAUCCAUGUAUUUUGGUGCAAGUAUUUAUAUAAUUAUUCAAAGACAUUAUAAAAUAAUAUGAUCUCAAAGCACACAUACUGAGCCAUACUUUUCAAUACGACUUUGCUGACUUACGCAACCCGAUCACGGAAACCCUGCAUGUACUUAUUUAACCCAUUGUAGAGGGUUUUCAGCUACUAAUGUAAAUAGCUACUAGAUAGGCGCCUACUAGGCAGACAAGUCGGCAAACAUGCAGGCAGGCAGGCAGGCACGUUGUUAGGCAGAUUAGCAUGCAGGUUGGUAUGCAGCCAAUAGGCGCAGUGUCCCUGACUUGCCCCAUACCGCUAAUGAGGCACAUUAUAUUUCGUAGAGUCGAGUCAGUUCAACAUUAUAUCAGUACCAAAAUCUCCUCAGUUAGACACGAUGCCGGCAGGUGAUGGUUCGUGGAUCGCCCCGGAUGGCGAAUAUCAAGACCUGGCACGAGAUCUGUGCGGGUCAGACCCGAGAUUGCGCUGGCCAGAUGAGAAAAUGACAAGAUAUGGAGUCUUUUGGCCGAAUCGGGAAUGUCGCGUGAUAGUGCUUGAAUGGCAAGAGAAUGAGUCCAAUGGACAAGCAUCUGCGACUUUGGUCCGACGCGAGUUUAAUGAUUCUGAGACGCUGCGGCUAUAUCUAAACAGUCAGUCGAAAACCCAAGGCAACAGUGUCUAUAUCGUCGAAGGUGCCAAUCACGAUUUCGUCGGCGUUCUGGGUCCGUAUUUCGGCCUACACCCGUCUAUUUUUAUAGACUAUGAAAGAAUCACCACGGUUGCCGUGCCACCAGACCGAGGUCAGUCGAGUUUGCUAGCUUCGAGCCAUGCCAGCAGGGGCUACUUAUGCAUGAGCUAUCAAGAAAUGGUUUUGUUGCCGGAACCGAUCCGUGACAAAUUUCGAGCUCGGUGUCCGGACACAGCACGAAUCAUCCGGACCACAAGACUCAAUGGGACGUUCGGCAGCGCAGGAAUCAUCCACCGGAGGUGCGUCUUCUGGAGCCGAGCUAGAUCAGCUAAUAGCGGAUGGGACAGUAUCGUAAUGUGUGACCCCCCAAUCCGUAGGAUCAAAAUCUUAGAUGAUGGUCCUAUGAAGGGCCUCGUAGUCCCAGUCACCCCAGGGCUUCCAGGGGAUGGUUAUAUCGACUUCGUUCCACUUGAUGCUCAAGUGCGGUGCCGCCGAGGACCGCCGAGGACAUCAAUCGCCAAUGACAUGCUCUUCUACCUCACUACACACCAUAACCUCGUAGAUAUGUCGAGACCGGAAUCGGUGUCUCUAUUCCUCAAAAAAAUCAUCGCGAGCCACUACACAAAGCAUUUCGACUAUCUUAGAAAGAACGUGAUGGAAACUUUGCGAGGCAUGGGUCGUCAAUCUAACUUUGCUCGCUUCGACUUGUCGGCGGUGGAGGCGAAUUGGAGCGAUACCCAGACACUAGAGCGACGGCUCGGUCACUUUUUUAUAGACCUGGAGGAAGUACUCGUUCAGCUUCGCGUUCCACUUGAGCCACCCGACUUCAACCAGAUCAGCUCAUGGCAAGAUGUCGAUGUUGACUUCCGCUUUUUAUAUCACCGCUUCAGUUGGAUUAGGCAGUCAGUAGACAGAGCUAACUCUUCUAUUACUGGUCUCGUCAGCAUUGCCGGAAACAGACAGGCAUUCAGAGAACAGCAGCUCUCGUUGCUAACAGCAGAAAGGUCGAGGAAUCUGACCUUUAUCGGCCUAGUCUUUGUUCCAUUGUCGGUGAUUUCGUCUUUAUUCAGCAUGUCGGAGCCUUACGGUCCCGGACAAGAGAAAUUCUGGUUGUACUUUGCCAUUUCAAUACCCGUCGCCAUCUUUGUUCUGGUUAUUUACUCCAUUUCCGAUUCUCUGGUAGAUGUGAGUAGAUCAAUGUUGGAUUUCGUUCUAAAUCUAUUUCAAAGGAGACCGUCGCACAGCUCGAAGCAAUCGGCAGACAAGAUGGCCUAAAGCUCAGUUCUGUUUAAGGGGGGUGUGGAGAAUAGCCGCAAAACUGGGUCACCAUCAUGUCUACAAAUUAGAGUGA